AUGUAUGAGAUCCCUAAAACGUCGUUCCCAGGGGUCCAGCAGCCACAGCCAGAGCCGCGAGGUGAUCUCGAUGACCAGUUGACCUCCAUGCUCAUCAACAGCGACUCGUCCGAGUGCAACGAGAACCUCUCCAUCUAUAUCAAGUUCAUCAUUGAUAAUGUGUACAACAACGACAUCAUCGACAACCAGCGGACAUAUCACUCGGUGUCACUCUACGCCCUCAAGCUCGUCACCCUGAACAUGUUUGUCAAAAACUACCGUUUCUGCAUUGGCAAAAUUCUAGCGUUCCUCAGCACUUUCAGCAUAGUUCCCGAUGACGAGAACGCUUCGACUGUGCCCGAUCUCGAGCAGUGCAACAUCCGGGUGGCAUACGAGAAGGAGUGCUUGAAAGAGUUCUUGUGCAUCACUUUGCUCUUGCUCCUUAAGGUGGAAAAUGAAGAUGGCAACACCAAAUCAAUUGAUAUUGCGGAAAUGUUCCAAACCUUGAGAGACUAUGAUUUCAUUACGGUAAUUUCCAACUUUAUAACCUCUAAUGUCAUCAACAUCCACAAUAAUCCAGGUAACUCCGAGUCCAGCUCUCCCUAUAUCUUGUUGAAAUUUAGCUGUGAUAUUCUUUUUGAGUACUUGUACCACACAGAGUUGUUGAGCGAUAAGGAAUUCGAUGAUUUGACAAACAAUACAAAGUUGAUACCUACUCUCAUUAAGUACUUGUUAUCCAAUGAGAUGUUUAAUCAAUACGACCUUGAUGGUGAUAAUCUGGAAGACGAAGACAAACUAACGGCCUACGAGCAGUUCAAAUUACUUCUUUUCAUCAACGAACAAUAUUUAAUGAAAUCGUACUCAUGCUCAGUCAGAAAUAAGGUCUUUGAAGGGUUGAUGGGAAGUAAGGCUAGCAAGAGGGCAUCCACCCAAGAUGCCACCAAGAUUACUGGGUUCAUCAAUUUGUUGAUCUACCAUCUCAAUAGAGAAGAGUCCAGAAUUAUCAAGAUUCUCAUCCUUAAGUUUCUUUACAUGGUUUUCACUACAUCGUAUACAUCAAAAUUGAUUUAUAUGAACGAUUUAAGGAUAUUAAUCGAAAUAUUCAUACGGGAUAUGAAUGAUUUGGAUUAUACCGAAGAAAUCGAGAAUGUUAUUUUGAUUUUAACCUACCUCAAAGUUUUGUAUCCGCUUUUGAGAUUCUCACAAUUGAAUGAAGUUGGUUUUGACUUCAAAAAACGGGAAUUAAUGGAUCUAUUGGGGCAUUUAGUCAUCAACUCAGAGGUGGAUCAAGACAGUACCUCUAUAUCAGAAAAUCAAAGGGAACAAAGGCUCACCAUCUCAAAAAUGGCUAUGAAAUGCAUGUCCAUUGAUUGGUUACAAGUGAGACCACAUAAUCGAAAAGAUUCCUCUCCACCAACUCCUCAGGAUGAAUCAUUUGGCGAGUUGACACAUAUUGAUUCUACAACAUCGAUCGAAAGUCUUGAUAUCUCAUUGACAAGAGUUGCGUCUGUCAGAACAUCAAAUAGAAGUGAUUUCUACCAUCAUACCACCACUACUAAUGGCAGAAAACCAACAACAAAUCAGUUCAUGGACAAUAAUAACAAUGUUUUCAUGUCAGAAAGUCUUCAGGCUUUGACCAUUAAUGAUGAUAACCAGCAAGAAUCCCCAUGGACUCAAAUAACUGACACAAACAUGCUCGAUCUCUCGUCUGAAUUUCUCAAAUCAAAGCCUUUGCCAAAAGUACCUGUCCCUUCUAGGCAAAGUAACCAGUUUUAUAAGAAUAAUGAUUCAUCCUCGUCAUCAGUGAACUCUUCUUCUCUGUUAGUCCGCAAGGCCUUGAAGAAAAAAGCACCUCCACCACCACCUAGUCCUAAAAGUCACUUCCCAAAGGGUCAGACUCCGCCUCCUCCACCACCUCCAAGAAGAAGGAAAUUUUGA